UCCUGAUAUCACUCCGCUGGCAUGGUGGAGGAGAGCACUUGAUCAUUGUGAUGGUAGCAGCAGCUGUGAGCGACCAGCGGAAUCGGCGUCUUUAGGAUUUCAUUUACGCACGUCCUCCGAGGGCAGGAUUUCUCUACAGCGCUUCAUGCUCGGGGAUUUUACAGACAAACUAACGCGAUGCAAGUUCACGAAACCACUCCGGAGGCUUUGCGCCGCGAACGGCAAAACUUUUUCUUAUAGGACAACACAAUAAAGCAGCGAGCUCGUAACAUUGGCUGUUGUGCGUGAUGUUCGCUCGUAACAUCCGGAUCUUCCAUGGAGUUACAUUAGAACAGUUCUGCUGGUGGUGUAAGUGAGCGCGAGGACCGACCGCUGUGCUCGGUCUAACACGCUCCGAUUGUGGUAUUUUUUCCCCGAUCGAGCACAGUAUUGUUUUAUGGUGUUGCAUGGUUGAAUUUUACCGAAGGAAGGCUAGCAGCCACUGUUUGUUUAUAGUCAUCUGAAUCCCCAUUCCUCUUAACCCUGGAAACAUUUUAGACACAAGAGGCUCGACAAAGUUCUUCCAAAAUACUGUGCACAGACUAUAUGAUGGGGGAUUUUGCAACCCCCACUGCUGCGAACGGCAGCAGCAUUUGCAUAAACAACAAUAACAUAAACAGCGGCAUCAACGCCGGUAAUAACAGUAACAAUGCGGGCAUUCCUAAGCACAGCGCAGUGGUCGAAAGAUUGAGGCAAAGAAUCGAAGGCUGCCGGAGACACCAUGUAAACUGUGAGAACCGGUACCAGCAAGCCCACGCGGAACAGCUGGAGAUUGAACGCAGGGAGACGGUCAGCCUCUACCAGCGAAGCCUGGAGCACAGGGCUAAGAAAUCUGCUAAUAAUAAGCAACAAAACAAACAAGAUCCCGAGUCGACAACCACGGCAGAACAGAGAAAUAACACACUGAUAGCGCUGCAGGAGACGGUGAAGCGGAAGCUGGACAGCGCGCGGUCGCCGCUGAACGGCGAGCAGAACGGCGUGUGCGAUGGGAACUUCUCGCCCCACCCGAAACGGCUCCGCAAGGAGGGUCCCGCGGGCGGCCUGGACCCACUGGCCGGCCUGCCCAACAGCGCGCCCCCCUCCGCCUCGCCCCUCCACCAAAUGGACAUCAAGCCCCCGCUGGGCAUGCCCAACAACGCCGGCGGCGUCGGCGGAAACAACCACGUCCCCGGCCGGCCGGACGACCUGGGCAAGAACGGGGGCCUGCCGGACAUGAAGCUGAACGGCUCGCUGGACCUGGACGACGGCUUCGGCCUGCUCAAGGACCUGAAGCAGGAGCCGCUGGACGACGGGGCGGGCAUGGAGUCCUCCGACACCUCGCUGUCCAAUCAGAACAAGCUGUUCUCCGACAUCAACCUGAACGACCAGGAGUGGCAGGAGCUGAUCGACGAGCUGGCCAACACCGUGCCGGAGGACGACAUGCACGACCUGUUCAACGAGGACUUCGAGGAGAAGAAGGAGGCGGAGUUCACGCGGCAGGCGGCGCAGACGCCCCUCCCCCAGGAGCCGGCGUCGGCCCCGCCCCCGCAGAGCGCCCCGCUGCCCAUGAGCUCGCCGCAGGUCCGGCCCUCGUCCUCGGGGCCGCCCUUCAUCGCCGCCGCCGCCGCCAGCGGGACGCCGCCCCAGCAGCCGCUGCAGCAGUCCCCCGCCGUCGCCAUGGCCACGGGCUCGCCCGCCAACUGCGUGGCGCGGUCGCCGCAGACGCCCACCCAGGCCCCGGCGCAGGCGUCCCGCCCGGGGAACGGCUUCCUGAUGAACCCGGGCGGCGGCGUGGGGCCCGUGCCCGCCCCGGGGGCCGCCGGCGGUUCGGGCCAGGGUGGGGGCGGCGGGCCGGGGCAGGGGCAGGUCCCGCCCUCCACGUCGGAGCUGUCCCCCGCGGAGCAGCUGAAGCAGCUGGCCUCCCAGCAGCAGCAGCGGGCCAAGCUCAUCCAGAAGCACCAGCAGCAGCAGCAGCAGCAGCAGACGCAAGCCGCCAACUGGUCCCCCGCGGGGGCGCCUUCCAGCCCCUACGGGGGGGGCCCCUUCAACCCCGACAAACCAAAUAGCCCCAUGAUGUACCCGCAAGCCUUUAACAGCCAGAACCCCAUGGUGGCGGCCAUGGCGGGGAACCCUCAGAAGGCCGCCAUGAACAACUACCUCCCCCCGAAUCACAUGACCAUGAUCUCCCAGCAGCCCGGCGGCAUGGGGCAGGCGGCCAUGAGCAAGCAGCAGGCGGCCAUGCUGUCCUACAGCAACACCAAGCCGCUCAGCCACUUCAGCGCGGUGGAGCACGGGGGCCAGCGGAUGACCCCGCCCAUGGCCGGCGCGGGGAAGAGCCCCAUGAUGCCCUACAUGCAGGCGCCGGCGGGGCAGGGGGCGGGGCAGGUGCCCGUCCCGCCCCAGGCGCAGGGGCAGAUGGGGGGGGGUCAGGGCUCCCACCUGACGGAGGAGCAGAAGCGCAUGCUGCUGAUGAAGCAGAAGCUGAGCCAGAGCAUGUCGUACGGCGCCAUGCAGCCCCACGGGCAGGAGCAGGGUGUGGUGGGCAUCUCUCGGCAGUCCGGGGGGGUGCAGCAGCCUCCCUUGCCCGGUCCAGGGGGCGUGGCUCCCGGGUCCAACGCCGCGCCGGGGGCGGCGGGUUACCUGGGCAACCAGCAGCAGGCGGCCAUGAUGAAGCAGAUGCUGCAGAUGGAGCAGGAGAAGCGGGUGCAGCUGCACCUGAUGGAGCAGCAGCACCUCCUGCGGGAGCAGCGGCAGCAGCAGCAACAGCAGCAGCUGCUGGCCGAGCAGGUAGAGCCGAGCCAGCAGCAGCAGCAGCACCUGCCCCGGCAGUUACCCCCCCAGCAGAGAAACCCCUACCCCGUCCAGCAGGUCAACCAGUUCCAGGGCACACCGCAGGAGCUGGCCAGGAACCAGGCUCUCCAGAGCAUCCGGAACGCCCGCCUCCUGCAGCAGCAGCAGCAGCAGCAGCAGCAGCAGACCCAGGGCAUGCUGCCCAUGGCGCAGGUCCAGAACCCGGCCUCCAUGCCCGCCUCGGGCGCCGCCCAGUCCGACAUGGGCAUGGCGUACAGCGGCCCCCAGGGGCAGCAGGGCAUGUACCCGCUCAACCCGGGCAUGAGCCAGAUGCUGCAGCACCCCAACCAAAGCGGAAUGAGCAUGCCCCCCCACAGCGCCCCACCGGGCCAGCGGCAGGGGGGCGGGGCAGGGCCGGCCGUGGGCAUGGUGGGGGGGUACGGGCAGGGCGUGAUGAUGAACCCCGCCCUGUCCCAGCAGCAGAUGAAGGGCCCGCCCGUGGGCCAGCCGAUGGCCAAGGCCCAGGCGCAGAGACUGCAAAGCAUGAUGGCAGCGGGCGGCGGCCACCAGGGGGCAGCGCAGUGGGCGCAGCAGCAGCAGCAGCAGACGCUGCAGGCCAUGGGCGGCCGGACUAGCGGGGACAUGGGGGGGUUCGGCGGCGGCGGCCCGGGCUACGGCAUGCCGCCGGGGGGGCAGCCGCCGCGCGUGCCCAAACAGCACUUUGCCCAGGGCAUGGGCCAGACCGUGGUGGACCCGCGCGCCAUCAACCCCGCCAUGACCGGGCAGAUGGUGCCCCACAUGCCCGGCCAGCCAAGGACCAACCAGCCCCGGCCCAUGGUCAUGACUGGCAUGGGUCCGGGCAUGCCCAACAUGACUCCUUUCAGCCAGGGCCCCGGGCAGCCCAUGGGGGGCAGCGGGGGGGCGUACGGGCAGGGCGGGCAGCCCCAGGGGUACCAGCGGACUCCCAGCCAGGACCUGGCCUACAGUUACGGCAACCAGCCGGCGAGCGCUGGCUCCUUCAAUCUACCGGACGGGGUGGAGCUGGACUCUACGGACGGGUGGAUGGACGAGUUCUUCCCCAGCCAAUAGCGAACAGAGACGCGGGAGUCCAGCCCCGGUUGGCUGUGGACGAAAGCGGGUGUCGGGUGGGGGGGGGGAUGGGGGGGGAAGAAGAGGGAUUUAAAACAAAAUUUUAAAAAGAGAAAAAAACAGAUUAAAGACUAUACGUUUUUUGUUUUGUAAAACAUUACUGAGCUGAAAAAAAUACAACCCUGUUUUGUGUCUCUUGUGUGUUGCAGUCACAGUAAAUUAAAAAGCGCCUCCUCCUUGUGGAGGUGGGCCUGGGCCUCCUCUAUGUGGAGGUGGGUCGAGGCCUCCUCUAUGGGGAGGUGGGUCUGGGCCUCCUCUUAAGGAGGUGGGUCCUGUGCCUCCUCUUCGUGGAGGUGGCUUGGACCUUCUCUUUGUGGAGGUGGAUCGGGGCCUCCUCCUUAAGGAGGUGGGUCCUGGGCCUCCUCUAUGGGGAGGUGGGUCUGGGCCUCCUCUAUGGGGAGGUGGGUCUGGGCCUCCUCUAUGGGGAGGUGGGUCUGGGCCUCCUCUUUGUGGAGGUGGGUCUGGGCCUCCUCUUUGAGGAGGUGGGGCAAGGUGGACGUCACUCCUACUGGGGCUUCAGGAGCUCAUUUUCAUUUUGGUUUUAAAAAAAUUAAAAAUGGCAAAAUUCUAAAGGUUUUAACUCAACCCUUAUAAACGUAAUGUCUUGGAAUCCAUCUUUGGAUGGACUUCAGGUGGCACGAUUGGGGAGGGGGGGGGGGUCGAUGCAAGGUACAUUUUAAAACAAAAACUUUAUUGGCAAAAAAAAAAAAUAAUGCUUUGACAUUUAUUCUGACCAAUGAGCUGUCCCUUAGAUUGAGUUUGUCCCGACAGUCUGAACCACCGUCGUCAUCCUCACACAGGACCUCAGCAGCCGAGGCUUCUCCCCGACACGGAGGAUCUGAAGCCCCGUCGCUCUGCUUCGCAGCCAAGAGUGAAAGUAUCAGAGCAAAGCACUCCCUGACACUCACGUCAUUUCUUUUCCCAAAAACGAUUUUAAUAUCUUUUUUUUGUGCUGUGAAGGCUCACAUUUCAUCUGCAAUAGUCUGUUGUUUUAUACUGUGAGGGGGGAGGGGGGGGCGGACAGGAGAGGGGGGGGAACAAAAAAAACCAACAAAAACAGUCUCCUUUGUGCGGCGCUCGCGCACGCGCUCUGUCGGGGUGGGCGGUCGCUAGGCAACCCGCGCCGCGCGGCGGCGGCUCGGCUGCAUCGCGGCGUCGCGCUGCGAGAGGGACCUGGCGGCUUCCCACCGCUCAGAGAGAGAGAGAGAGAGGGAGUGGGGGAAGAAGAAAACAAACGAGUGUAACGACAGCCAGGGGAGCAGCACGGCAGAGUGUAUCUGCCUGAGCCGGGAGGGUGAGGCGGGGGCGGACGGGGGAGGGGGGCGGGGGUUGCUAGAGACUAACGGUUUUGGGCACCGCUGGUGUCUGAAUUUCCAAAAAAAAAAGCAAAAAAACCCUAAACUGAUUCAGAUAUCUUUAAACAGCUGGGCUGUUUGAAAUGUGAGCGUUCAAAUAUAUAUUCCUUCCUUAAUAUACAGAAGGGAUUUUAUUUUAUUUUUUUACUCCCUGGUACAAAUUUGGUUCUGUUUUCCUUUUUUGUUUUUACCUUUUUUUUAUUUGGAAUACAGUUGUAACUUCUGAAAAUAUUCCACAGCUGUGUGGGUGCAGUCAUUAUGCGGGUGCUUGAAUCUUAAGAAAGCGUUUUGUGGGGUGGGGUGGGUGGGUGGAGGGGUGCGCAGUUCUGUGAGCUGACUGGCACGCGGGAGGAACCUUGGCUGAAAGAUCACGAUGUGCACAGGCAGGAGAAAUCCGUCUGCACUGUUAGGAGAAGGUCAAAAACCUCUUCUACCGCAUCGUUCAAACGUAGAUUUUUAACGCGUGUUUAACAAACCCUCCAAAAUAAAGUGGGGGGAGGGGCAGGUGGGGGCAGACGGAUGGGCAGUGACAGAGCAGGACGUGGGGGGGGGGGGCGUUGAGUGCUUCCAGUGCGUGAAUGGUGCUGUUGUCUCUCACCCCCCUCCUCCCCCCUCCCCCUCUGGAAAAAGGGGCGUGGUUAAGUAAAAUCCCCACCCCCCUCCCAUGUUUGGCUGGCCAUUGUCACAACGGAGCGCAUUGUAGGGCACAUUUUGUCUGAGCUUUGUUCCCUCCGACAAUCACGCUCUUGUUUCCGUGGUUCCCAGCAGCCCAGUAGAACUGCGGUGAGACUCCACCCCCCCCCCCCCCCCACCUCAACCCAACCCAACCCCCCGCACCCCCUCCCACCCCCCAGAACAUCAACUUCACCGUGAUUCUUCAGAUUUUCAACUGUAUAAGAGUGGAGUGGGUCCUGAAUCACCCCAAAUCUUUACACUACGUCUGUGUUCAUGUGAGAUUUGUGUUACCAUCGCGUGUGUUGUGUACCUGAACGAGCUCGCCUGUGCGCGCACUGGGGGCUGACCGUGGCCCGUGUGAAAUUGCGCCAUUUUUAACCGAAGAAGUGACCGAGAGCGCUGUACAUGUUUACUUGCUUCAGUGUUAGCUGCGUACGAAGCAUAACUACAUAUUCAUAUAGAGAUUUUACAGGUAAACCUGGAGCUGGUGAAGCCCAUUCAGAACUGGCUCCAAUGUUUUAGCGAUGUUCAGAACUAGAACUUCAAAUGAAUUGAUAUUUAGCGCUUGAAGAUGUCACACACAGAAGUCUCCGGCUAACAAACCAAAAAGCCUGCACUUGGCCACGUCACUAAUAUAUUCCACAUGUAUAACUACGCGUCAGUGAAUGUCUGCUCUCCCAGCUUUUCAGAAUUGUGUUUCCUUUUCCUGUCAUGGUGUGCAAACGGGAGGCUGCAAGCAGGCGUUCACAGUCUGAGAUGCUGUUUCCUGUCUGAGGGUCGUCUCUCCGAAGCUCCUCUUUCGUCUCUUGGCUUAUAUUCCUGUCAUGCUCCGUAGUUCUGUAGGUGGUGGUAGGGAGUGCGUAUGUCCAACUUCAGAUAAAAAUGCAAACCUUUUUGAAAAAAGAAGAGCGAACCACUUCAGCCAUCUCACAUCUUAGUCCUUGAAGAAUUGGUUGGACUGUCCUUCAAAGCUUCUUCCAAAUAUUUUGGAUCCGGGACCAAGUCAAAUGUAGACAUUAUAUUUCUUCUUUUUUUUCUUUUUAAUUGUUGUUGUUGUUUUAUUAUUUUUAUUUUGGGUUUUAUUUUGUACUGGUGCUGACGUACAUGUGAUAAUGAAAAAUAUAUAUGAAAACAUGGUUAUUUGUAAAUAUGUUUUUACAGGUUUAAAUACAUCAGAUAAUUCUGGCUCUACUCUGUAAAGAAAUUACUGUUUGUUUAAAAUAGAGAAGUAUUUUUAUUUCAUUUUUUUCCACUUUUAAACUCAUCCAAGAUAUGCCAUUGCACUUCUGACAAUGUCCUACUACUAAUUUCUAUUGUAAACCUCUUCUUACUUUUAUUUUGAAGUUUUUUUUUUUCUAGGUUGAGAUUCUACUACGUACCUUCGCAGUGCUUACUUCUUUUUAUCUUGUACAGAAUUCUGAAAUGUUAUCGCGAGAGGAUUACGAAAACCUUUUUGUUUUUCAGAAAAAGAUAAAAAUAAAGAGAAUGUUAUCUCUACGAUCAUAUUAAAUGAACUCUAAUACA